GACUAACGGUCGCACGUAACACACGCACGUUAAGCGAUCACAUACAUAAUUCCAAUAGUACCUACUUAGUACCCACCUGCAAUGCAGUCUAAGUGUGAUGUGUGUAAAAGAACGAUUACAAAAUCACUACCGGGAUUAGAAUGCAGUAAGUGUGACAGAGUUGUGCAUCUUAACACCAGAUGCAGUGGUCUGACUGGUAAGCAAAUCGCCGCCCUCAAAGCGGCCACCAGCUUAGAGUGGACUUGCCUUGAAUGCCAGCGGGAGUCACCAAGACGCAAUUCAUCAAUCAUUAUGCCGGAAGAAGACGACGAAGACGACAACACACCUGUCCAAAUUGACGCAAAGAAGCUGUUGAGCAACAUCUCCAAGGAAGUUGAAAAGGCGAUUAAAAGCGAAAUGCGUGAACUUAAUGAGGCAUUGCAGUUUCAUAGUGGAAAGCUAGACGAAGUCGUGGAGUGUAUGGACGCAUUUAAACAAACCAUUAAAGUACUCGAAAGGAAAAAUGUGGAGCUAACCAAUAAAAAUAAUAACCUAGAAACUCGUGUUGGAGCCCUCGAGCAAAGGUUACAAGAAAUCGAGCAAGAAAAGCUUACAAAUUCAGUGGAGAUUGCAAAUGUACCAUACCAGAGCAUAGAAGCGGACAGUAAAAUAUUGGAAAAGGUGGCCCUGAAACUCCAACUACCCACUGGAGGUAUAAAAAGCUCACGAAGACUCCAAGGGAAGAAAGAACAACCGCCGAACAUUAGAGUGGAAUUACAAGACGAAUGUACUCAAGAACAAUGGAUUACGGCUGCUAAAAGCAUCAAAACUAUGGUAGUGGACCUUUGCCCCUCCGAGAAAAAUAAUAAGGAUAUAGUUUACAUUAGUGAAGCAAUGACGAAAACCAACAAGACUUUACUGUGGAAGGCUAAGCAAGAACUAAAGAUUAACCAGAAAUUCAAGUACGUAUGGUUUAAAAAAGGAUUCGUAAAGGCACGCAAAGACGACGGUUCAAAAACCUAUAUUUUACGAACAAUGGCGGAUGUAAACGCCCUCAUAAAGAACAAAUCAUAGGCAUUA